CAUAGUACUACGUCAGAGUAAAACUUCCGGUUGAAGUUGUAUUCAUUUAGCAUUUUUUCAUACAAUGAGUCUUUAAAUAUUUCGGAAAAUGUUGUUUAUUGUGAAAGAAAUCUUCAUAUAGCUAUUGCGGUUUGUGUCAAAGUAGAUCCAGUCAAAAGUUUGCGGCAGUCCGGACCAGCCAUAGCCAGUUCCAGUAUAUCAGAUACUGAGGUCAAGCAGAAAAGGCACUCGAAAAUACAGCACAAAGAAAAUGGAAUAAAGAAAAUCAUCAAGUACACCAUUUGAGUCAGUAAGAGAGAACAAAAUGGAGAUUGGACAGCAAACAGACCUUGUAAACUUAGACCAGACUGUGCCAGGCUCACCUAGACCUGUGGAAAAAACUAAUAUGGAUGUGGAAAUGAGUGAAAGUGAGAGUGUACAGGGGGAAAAGAAAAUGGAAUGCGAGACAGAGAACCAGUCAAAAACUAGUCAAGACUUAACAGGUGUUCAGGAGCUUCCCGGAAAAAAAAUGGAUGAUAAGGACGCUAAUGUACCGGAGCUGCUGAACACAAUUUCAGAUAUUGUGGAUCCUCAUUUAGACACUUCAACAGAUCCUGUUGACGAUGGUUUGAUUAAUGAAAUAGCAAAGAAGGCUGAGAAUGAAGACAGAAUGACUUUCUGCAUUGAAAAGCCCACUGAAUUGAUGAUACCUGUCACAUCGUCUGGUCAGACAUCAGAGCUUCUGGUUGUGCAUCCAGUGUGUGCUUUUGCCCGCCCUGUUGACAUGGAAUAUGCUUUAGUGGAGGAGAAUGAUGUGGGGUCAGAACUAGCAAAGGAAGUGCAACUCUUGAUAAAUGAAGAGGAGAAAGCAUUAUCAGACAAUGGUACUGUGUCUAAAGCAGUUUCAAAUGGAGAUGAACUUGUAGGAAAUGUGCCGGUCAGUGAAGCUGAAGGAACGAUCGCUUCUGCUGUAGAGCAAGUUGUGAGGAGAAGUCAAAGAGUGUAUAAUUCCUUAGUGGGGCCUGACACUGCAGUGAAAGUAGUGGCACCAAUACCACUCUAUCGAAAAAGUUUGCGACUCUCAGAUGCUGCCCUGGAACAGGUUGCGAGAAAAGUAGAUGUUCAGCCUAAGCAGGUUGCAGCUUUGAAAGGAAAAAAGGGUAAACUGAAGAGUAGUAGGAACUUUCCCUUAUCUAAAGCAGGUGUAAAAACAAGGACCCCUGUCCGCUUGGAAAGUAUGAAUGUGUGUAAUCCAACCACUAUUUUGGAACAAAGGUCAGGAUCAUCAAAGAGCAGGGAUCAGAAAGGCACUAAGAAACUUCCAAAGUUUUUGUCACAGUAUAGUGUAAAACCCACUGUGGAUGAGAAAAAAGAUGUUAAAAAAACUGUGAGCAGAAAAAGAUCAAGUUCUGUCAACCUCCAGGAAGAAGAAUCAUCAAGAAGUUCAACACCAGUUAAAUCAAUGAUAAAGCCCACCUCCACUGUGAGUGUGAAUCGUAAAACGGUUAGCAGAGGAGGAAGUUCAAACAACCUCCAGGAAGAAGAAUCAAGGAGUUCAACACCAGAUAAACCAUUGCAAAAGUCGGCCUCCACUGCAAGUCUGAUCCGCAAGCUGAAGAUGAGAGAUGGAGGGGAUGUCCCAACUCCAAGACGGAGUCAAAGGAUCUACAAUUCAUUAAAUGGGCCAAAGGAGGCUGUCAAUGUCAUAACACCGACAACCAGAGACUACAGGCCAACCAAUGAGGUUGUGUAUAACUCAUUAGUGGGGGAAGACAAUGAUGUCAAGCUGGAAAUUCCUAAGAUAAGAAAGAGAACCAUCAAGAAAGAGAAACCGAUUGCCAGUUCCAAGAAAUCAAAAGUUUCAACAGAAGAAACUGUGAAGGGAGGUAAACCAAUCCAAGGCUACAGUAAAUUUGAUAGAGUUUUAUUGACUGAAACAAACCCAGGAAGACCAAUGGGUAUUGUGAAUGAGUUUUCUCGAACAACUGAUACAAAGACUGUUUCAUACUCAAAGUCUAGACCCAAAAGAAUGGUGAAAGGCCUGCAAAAUGAUGAAACAGAAGAAACUAAAGGAACAGCAGAAACUUUGUCUCCCAGUGUUUCUGAAGUCAGCAAUUCUAGUGUUCUUGUUGCCUCUUCUUACUUCACCACGAGGAGAGGCACCCAAACAAAGGUAGUUUAUUCCACACCAGCAACUCUUUCCUCCUCAACGUCUGCUCAGAAGAGACCCGCAAUGUCAGCCUCAGUGCAGAGAAACUCGCCAGGCCUGAGGAAGAAGAGAUUGGGUCUGGCUCCAGACCAGCCUGACUCUAGCACCUCGUACCUGGGCUCUUCCUCCUCUGCGACAGGUUCAGAGAGAUCUAGACGUUCUAUGUCAAAGAAAGUGGUGGAGAAUGCUGCUUCUGACUUGCAACAGGUGAAUGGGCCAAAUGAAGAAAAUUUGGCAACUCUGAAGAAGUCAAGAUCGUCUUCUAAACUAAAAUAACCAAGUGUUAACUUAGUUUCGUUUACAGUACAUAGCAAGUGCAUGAAGAGCUUUUAAUAAUGUAAAAGCUAAGUUGGAUUUAAAAAAAAGUCGUACUUAACUCCAGUUGUGACUUGACGUAUAAAAUAUUUGAUAAGUAAUCCUGUUUUAAGUUGCCAUUAAAGAAUAUUACUGUUUAGCUUUAAAAAGCAUAUAUGGAGAAUGUUUUAAUGACAAUUGUAAUGUUAUUAACUUAAAAAUAAGCUUGCUAUUCACCCCUUUAAAAAUAAAUUUUCAUUGCCAGUUGAUUGUGUCACCAGUUUUUAUAAUUCAAAAUGAAAUAAAAUUUCGAAGAACAAAAGAA